CCGGGUUAGCAAACAUAACAAGCUGUGAAAACACUGAGACUGAGGCAGAGACUAGAUGAUGGCUCACAGGCUGCUAGUACGCAGAAUCUGGACGUCCUCUUUGAAAGACAUCCGCUGCCUCCCAGUGUCCACUGCCGCCACCGCCUCCUCGUCUACUUUUUCCACCUCGCUGCAGUCCGCCACAAGCCGGGUCUCCUUCCUGUCCCCCUCACGCACUCUGCCUCACUCCCUCCCUCACACUACCCGCCGGGAAGUCUCCUUCAACGUUCAGGACCACGACGACUUCACUGACAGGGUCAUCAAGAGCGAGCUGCCCGUGCUAGUUGAUUUCCAUGCACAGUGGUGUGGACCCUGUAAGAUCCUCGGGCCGAGGUUGGAGAAGGCUGUCGCGAAACAGAAAGGCCGUGUUGCCAUGGCAAAAGUUGACAUAGACGAUCACACAGACCUGGCCAUCGAAUACGGGGUGUCUGCUGUUCCGACAGUAAUCGCCAUACGGGGAGGUGACGUUGUCGACCAUUUCGUGGGGAUCAAAGAUGAUGAUGAGUUGGACUCAUUUGUCUCCAAGAUCAUUGGACAAUGAACCAGCUGUCCCCGCCCUGCCACUCACCACCGUUACGGUGCUGUUUUCUAUGAUCCUGGCUGCCAUCUUGAGCCAGUUUAUCAACAGCCGACAAAUAAACAAUCCCAGCUGGCAAACGCUCAAACGCUCACACCCAUCCCUAGA